AAACAGCUAUUCGUGGUUUGGAAGGAAACGGUACAUGUAUACAAACCAUCCAAACCAAAUCAUCGUAGCUGACUACCCAGCGAAGAUGCUGUUUUUCUUUUAUUUGAUAUUAUUUUUAAGUCUGGUGGCCGAGGCCCUUACAGAGCCAUCUUGCCAAGAAAACGCCCAAACAUGCACCAGGGAAUGCUCACGACACAUGAGUCAAGAUUUCAACGGCAUCGCGAACCGUGUCCUGCUUGGCCACGGAUACCGCAACGUGACGGUAGCUUCGCUGGUCCGGUGCGGCUGGGAGUGUCUCCUUGAAGAUAGCUGCUUCUCUUUCCACUACUCGGAGGGGGAGAAGCGGUGUGAGUUGAACGGAGCGACAGUGUCGCGAUUCCCGCUGGCUCUGAUUGAGACAACGGGAAACAACUACUACGGACCAGAACAGCCAACUGUUGCCCAGCUGAUAAGAAGUAUGAGGGGAGAGGUUCCGUUAAGUCCAACUGACUGCUGGCACCAGACUCACGCAUCGGCCUCAUCGGAGUGCCAAAGUGCCGGCCAACACCUCUGCCUUCAGUGGGAACUACAAUACGCCAACAAAAAAGGCUACCCGACAACAACUCCCGACGGCUCGUGGUACGCCGAUCCUGACCGCCUGGCCGUGCUGACAGAGACCGGAGUGACCUAUCACAACCUGCCGCUGACCACCUCAGCUCCCGCCCUGUGCUGCUCUCUCCCGCUGAGCUAUAGAGAGCCCGUCCUGACGAAAGAGAGCUAUGAUUUCGCAGACCGCGCUGGCCAGAUAAGCGGCUGCUCCGACCUGGCUGCCCAUCUCUGCACCCUGGCUGAGCUCAAGGAGGCCUACGAUCACGACUACCAAUGCGUGUGCUGGUAUUUCUUUGCAACAGCAAACCGUGAUGCAGCAGUGAAGCCCGGUGGGUGUGGUUCCUAUUCUGGGUCCGAGUGCUUCGAGGGGAUUAUAGCGCAUACACCAAGACCAGCAAACGGGCGUCCAGCUUACUGCUGCCCAAAUCGCGCCCAAUAAAUAUACACGUAGUAACGCAGUUAAGUGUAGUAGGAAAGUUUUCAGAAUUGAAGAAAAUCAACAGCUGAAUUCUUUUCCGGAGCCCCUUAAGCAUCGGCUUCCAGAUUUGUUCAAAGACACACGAUAGGUGUUGAUAUCCCAUUUUGGGGGAAGGAUUGGAAGAAAACACAUACGCAGACCAAAAUAAGCUUUUGUGAUCAACCGAUACUAUUUCUGUUUGAAGUUAUUUUAGGAACGGAAAUGUUGGAAUUUGUUUCAAGUAGAAUCUGGGAGGGUAGUGUUUCGCCACUCCUUUAAAUUUACUCUUUAAAGGCAAAAGAGUGAAAAAACGCACUCUCAAAAACAGUGAGUCUCCUACAAAGCUACUCUAAGAGUACAAACAACACUCUAAAAAGAGUAACAACUAGGCCUACUCCAAAAGAGUGAAGUUUUCACUCUGGCAAAGAAGCGCAAAUAAAGGACCAUACGAAAAAGAGUUGUCCUUUAUAUGGCUCUUUGGAGUGGUUUUCACUCUUUUGUCGUAAAUUUAUAAGAGACUCACUCUUUUUGAGAGGAAAUUUUUCACUCUUUUGACUUUCAUUUCAAAUAAUUUCAAAUCAAGCAAUAUUUAGCUCAGAGAUUACAGAUGCCAAGGAAUGGAAGUUUUAAUAUUUCAGUGUUGAAUAUUUUUUCUGUUCUCCGCUGUUGUACGUUUUCAACCGUACUCGAGGGGACGCAAGAAGGUCGUCAUCAGAUUGUAUUUACAUGUACUUGCGUGGAGUUUGUGAUUGAACCGCAAUGGAUUGAUAAAGUUUCCAGGAAAUUUCGAUUCAGUGUUGUGCCUUUAAUUUCACACGUAAAGCUUUGCACAAUGUUUUAAGAGGUAUCCUCACUGAUGUCGAAAUGUAGGGCCUCCAACGAGAAAAAGGAAAUUUUCAUGUGAAAUUAGAAUACUAGAAUACGUAGUUGAUUUUAAUCAUGACUUGUUUGAAAGACGUUUUAUUUGACUUUGUGUGCGUUUGUGCCUACAUAUGCCUAAGCGCUGAACAACACCCAUUUUCCUUUGACCGUGAAGCAAACACUGACCCCAAGCUUGCUAUGCAUUACUCUUCUCACGCAGUGAAGCUCUUUAUAAACUGCACAACCUCAAGGGCAUGCUAAAUAGAGUGGGAUCAAAACCAUGGCAGCAAGCAUGAGCCGGGCUUUUGUUUUUCAAAUCGCGGUUGGAUUGUGUUGUUGACCGUGAUAAAACGAAUUACUCUUUCCCGCCAACUGGGUGACGUUAUACCUACUCGGCUUGACUUCGGUCACAGUUAAGCACUUCAAGAUGUCGGUCAAGCGAUUAACGGCCGAAAGACGAAUAACUGUGAGAAAUCAAGGACGCUCGUUUUGAUAAACGAGCGUUUUGAUAAACCCACAAUAUAUUAAUAAGAAACUCAUGCCAAUAAAUGCAGUAUACGGUACUGAGCAGCCAAAACAAAACUCAACACACUUUUAUAGCCACAAUAACACUAUUCUGCAGCACGUCUAACAUCCGAAUCCUGGGCAUAUACAUUUCAGAAGAUCUCAAAGGGAAUUUAUUCAUGUAUCCAGCAUCACUGAGAGAGCCAACGCCACAUCGGGAUUGCCACGGGGGAAUCUCAGAAACUGCCUACACGGCUAGAAACGGUCAGCCUACAGUGGAAACUACAAUACGCCUACAAGGAAGACCACCCAGCAACAACUCCCGACGGCUCGUGGUACGCCGAUCCUGACCGCCUGGCCGUGCUGACAGAGACCGGAGUGACCUAUCACGACCAGCCGCUGACCAUCGCCGCUCCUGCCAUGUGCUGGCUCUGUCCCGCUGAGCUACCGAGAUCCAGUCAUCACGACGAAUGGCUGCGAUCUCGCAGACCGCGCGGGUCAGAUGAGCGGUUGCUCCGACCUGGCCACACAU